AUGGAAAGGAGCGUCAAGAUCAAGGGAGGAUCUUUUAAGACCAUGGGGUUGGACUACCGGCUUCUUCGGAACAUUUCCUACGAAAACCCAACGCCAAUUCAAAGAAAGACGAUUCCACUGGUUCUUGAGAGAAGAAGUCUAAUGGGAGUUGGAAGGACAGGGAGUGGAAAGACGCUAUGUUAUUUGAUUCCAGCAGUGCAGCGAGCUAUUGAAGGAGAAAGAACACUAGUAAUUGUCCCCACAAAAGAGCUUACCACACAGGUUCGAAGAGUGCUGAAGAAGCUAUCAAGAGGGAUGGAAGAUGUAUGGAAAUUCAUUGAAAUAAGUACUCCAGGGAAUAUCCAGAGCACAAAUGCCGACCUUCUGGUAGUGGAUGAGAUAGAUAGGAUUCUUGAGGAGCCAAGCCUUAGGUCUGUGUUUGACAAGGUAAGUGAAGAGUUGACAUGCCAGAAGAUAUUCUUCAGUGCAACACUUCCGGACCAUCCAUUGAAUAUGAAAGUAGUUGAGAUUGAAGCGAAGAUUAAUGAAACCGUCGAGCAUUUUUUCUUUUAUGUUCCAAGCGAGAGCAAAGAGGCGGCUCUCCUCCAAAUAUUGGACAAGUCAAAAAAGACGAUUGUGUUUGUUGCAACGAAGUAUGCUGUCGAGCUUCUUCUCGAGAUUCUUAACAAAAACAACUUUGAGUCACAUGGAAUUUAUUCUUCAAUGGAUGAUGAGGCAAGAAGAUCUAAUUUCAGAGAUUUCAAUGCCUCCAAGACUGGGAUCCUUGUUGUAACCGAUGUUGCAGCACGGGGAUUAGAUAUUCCAUGCCUUGAUACAGUUGUGAAUUAUGACCUGUGCGAUGAAAGGACAUUCCUGCACAGGGUUGGGCGGGUCCGAGGAAUGGGUGUUCAAUACAGUUUUGUUACAUACACAGAUGUAUUUCAUUUUUUUAAUAUUCAGGAGACGUAUCUUCCGAAUGUAGAGAUAGGAACGAUUCCUCAAGAAUAUCUGGAUGUCUAUGACUUCAAAGAAUUUGAGCACCUAAGGUCGGUUGCAAACAGAGGGCAUCAAAAAUGCCUUGAAUUUAGAAGGAAGGUCAGUGUCCCUGCAGAGUAUAAGGACAGGAUAAAACUAUUCAAGACACACUCCAUGUUUGAGCACAGAGAAACACUUCUUGACAAGUUGAAGAAGAUGAACAACGGGAAGACUACAUGCGAAAGAGAAAAAGAAAAGCCUGAGAACAAGGAAUACAGAGAUCAAGGGUUUAUACCCUAUACUCGUAAGGAUUCUAGAAUCCAUUCGUCUGCAUUUGGGGUAGCAAAGGAUGAUUAUAUCAGGGAAAGAAAGGAAAAGUUUUCUUUCUCUGUGAUGAGAAGAAAAACAAUGAAGAAAAAAACAAUGCAAACAAAUAAAAAAUAA